CAAGAUUAAGAUUAAAAAAGCCAUCUUAAAUAUACGAACAUUUUAAAAAUUAUUCCGUAGUAUUUUUAGGGUUUUCAUAUGGGAGUUGGCUUUUAUACUUCCCCACCCUUACUACCACAAUCCCUUAUUGUAAUCUGAGAGAGAAAACGUCAGUAAACACCUGUGGGCAUAUCUGUUCGUCACAGUUCAACCAUUCCCCUUCGUUCUCUAGGGUUUUGUUCAGGUGGUUAACAUCGAGGUUGAGCAGAGAAGGGAUUGAUUGCAAAUCUCGAUACACAGUUCGGAAAGCUUAAUCCAUCAAUAAUGGAUAUCGAGGAGGAUAUCAAAGCGUUGCAGCUCGAUUCCGAGGAAAACGUAGAAGAGACAAAGCCCAAUGAUGUCGAGAAGUCUGAUGAAAAGGAUGAAGCCCCGAAGGAUGUGGAAAAUUCAAACUCUUCUGAAGUGAUUGUUGAGCAGAAAAGUUCUCCAGAAGUGAAAGAAAAAGAACCUGCACCUGAAGUUGUUGAAGAAGUGCAACAGAAUAAGAAACGGCAUUUGAAUGUUGUGUUCAUUGGCCAUGUUGAUGCUGGCAAGUCAACUACUGGAGGGCAAAUACUAUUUUUAAGUGGUCAAGUUGAUGAUCGUACUAUUCAGAAAUAUGAAAAAGAGGCUAAGGACAAAAGUAGGGAAAGCUGGUACAUGGCAUAUAUUAUGGACACAAAUGAAGAGGAGAGAUUAAAGGGCAAAACUGUUGAAGUUGGGAGAGCCCAUUUUGAAACAGAAACAACCAGAUUUACAAUUUUGGAUGCUCCGGGUCACAAAAGCUAUGUCCCCAACAUGAUUAGUGGAGCAUCCCAAGCUGAUAUAGGAGUACUGGUUAUAUCUGCCCGGAAAGGUGAAUUUGAAACUGGAUACGAAAAAGGUGGACAGACACGUGAACAUGUCCAGCUUGCAAAAACUCUUGGAGUCUCUAAGCUGCUUGUUGUUGUAAACAAAAUGGAUGAUCCUACUGUUAACUGGUCCAAAGAAAGGUAUGAUGAGAUCGAGUCAAAGAUGUUACCUUUCCUGAAAUCCUCGGGUUAUAACAUCAAGAAAGAUGUUCAGUUUCUUCCUAUUUCUGGACUUGUUGGUUCAAAUAUGAAGACCAGAGUGGACAAAAGUGUUUGUCCAUGGUGGAAUGGUCAAUGCCUUUUUGAAGCUCUUGAUGCUAUUGAAGUUCCCCUGCGUGAUCCCAACGGUCCAUUCAGGAUGCCUAUUAUCGACAAAUUUAAGGACAUGGGAACUGUUGUGAUGGGCAAAGUUGAAUCUGGAAGCAUACGUGAAGGGGACAAUAUGUUGAUUAUGCCAAACAAGGCUCAGGUGAAAGUUGUUGCGAUAUUCUGCGAUGAAGAUAAAGUAAGCCGUGCUGGACCUGGUGAAAACUUGCGAGUGCGUGUAUCUGGGAUUGAGGAAGAAGAUAUAUUAGGAGGAUUUGUUCUGAGUAGCUUAGCCAAACCAAUACCUGCAGUGUCAGAGUUUGAAGCCCAGCUGCAGAUUUUGGAGUUGCUGGAUAACGCUAUAUUUACAGCUGGUUACAAGGCUGUAUUGCACAUUCAUGCUGUUGUGGAGGAAUGUGAAAUUGUUGAGCUCAAGCAGCAGAUUGAUCCAAAGACCAGGAAACCCAUGAAAAAGAAACCACUUUUCGUAAAGAAUAAUGCCAUUGUGGUUUGUCGUGUUCAGGUAAAUAAUAUGAUAUGUGUUGAGCAGUUCAAAGAUUUUCCUCAACUUGGACGGUUUACUCUUCGAACAGAAGGCAAAACUGUUGCUGUUGGAAAAGUUACUGCUCUUCCAACUGUAGGUGAUAAUUAAACAAUUUUGUCACAAGGCUCAGAUUAGAGUGUAAAAUUUGAACAUACUGAGGCGGCGGCGGCAAGGAAGAGGCUUUUACCUGUACGACAAUACUUGCGAAUGUGGAAGGUCCACAGACUCGCAGAUGGUUUCUGGGAUUUGAUAAUGUAGUUAGUUAAAUGUGUAUUUUGGGGAGCUGUUGAUACAUAUGGAGAUAAGUUUAUUGAAACUGUGAAGUACCCCCUUUGGGGUCUGUGGCUUGUGAUCAAGCACAAGUAGCUUCUGACACCCCUUCUAAAGUAGUAGUCAACAUUUGAUUAUUGUUAUGAUUGGUUUUUGGGAGCUACAAUUUUCUUUAGUAAUUUACAUUUGAUAUGAGUGAUGACUUUCGCAGAUAAUAUUUUUCCAUUUUUCUCAAGGUUACAUAGCAAAUGUGUUCU